AUAACCGGAAUAACAACACUGCUUGAAACAUCAGUUGUCGCCAAAUUUCUAUUUCGAUUCGUUGUAUUUUUGUUGCUACGAUUUUAAUUCUUUGAAUUUGGGUUAAUAUUGUAAAAAAUAUAUAUUUUAUAAAUGUUAUCCAAGUGUCGUUUAAAUGAAAAUUGGUGAAAUAAUAAGGGCAUACAAGAAAUUUAAUCGUAGUGCUACGCAAUUCCGUUAAAAUCCUAAAUCAAAGCUUGCGCGAAAGUAACGUGUUUCUAAAACAGCUGCUGGGCUUCCUUUUCCUCUCGCCAAUAGCGACGAAAAAGGAAACAAAGUUCGUGUAAAUAUCUGCAUCUGGCUGCAACCAUUUUGAAAAGAUGAACGAACAACCGCAAAUACGAGUUGCUAAAAGGCAGCAGCGUAAAAUUUUGGGUGUCAACUUGCUUGAAACAAACGUGCUUCCAAGUGACUUUUCCGAACGAAAUAUCGUAUUGGCAACAGGAAGCGUCGCAUGCCCGGCACAAGUUUCAAUUUCGCCACCCGAGCAUAUCAUUGAGUCUUUGCAACAACAACAACAACAAAAUCAUUCGCUUAACGGCAGCGCAACUGUGUGCGCAGGAGUACCAGUCACUACAUCAUCUCUGCCAACACCAGUAGGGUUAACGGCGCCACAACAGCAGCAAAUGGAGCGCUUGCGUUUAGCUAACAUGAUGAACCAAGAAAUGCAUGCUUUGUGGCCUUAUGGCACAGCUACUUUCCUAUCGCCAAUGUUACCGGCACCAAAUAUGGCAUUGCCAUACGCACUCGCCGGUACUUUGCCGUAUGCUGCUGUGCCCAUAUAUCCAGCAGCCGCCGCAGCAGCUGGCAUGCAGCAGAACAUGCCUAAUCCAUCACAACAAUGCAAUAAUAUAUCGCCGGUAUCACAAACAGCUAACGUGCCACAUAGUUCGGGCGCAUCCUCUACUUCGAUCAGCAGUGGUAAUUCGUCGUGCGCCACAGUACCAUUGCGUUCACAAGCGAAUGAUUCGAAUAAAGUUAAUAUACAGAUUGGAUUACAAUGCGUUAACCAAAACUCUCCGCUGAAUUUCAAUUCAAUGAAUGAGAUUAAUGCGUCUUUGGCUAAAGUGAAUCUUCUGAAUUUUUGUGGCGAUGGCCCAGAAAAGGAAAAUAAAGAAUCGUCUUCAAUGCGUAGCUCGCCGAUUUUAUUGAGUUCAGAUGACCUCAAUAGCACCACUGGCGUGCGCCCACACAAUACUCUUGGCAGUGGCGCAGGUGGCGAUGCCAGCAACGCUACCAAUUCGCCUAGCAGUGCCGGCAGCUGCACUGUUACGCUAUCGCAAGUCAAAUUCAAUGAACUAACUCGUCUUGCACUACGUGGCAGCGAAAUAGCUGAGAAGCUCGCCUACACACAUCGCAAUCGACCGUGUUUUAAAAAGAUCGACAGUCUUUGUGCGCGCAUGAAACAAGAUCUCAUACGUCCAGAUGGUGUUUUACCCAAUAUUAAUUCGCAGGGUAUCGCCUGGGCUGUAAAGGACUUUAUUUUCGUAUUCACGCGCGUCAUCAAUGCAUGGAUUAUUAUAAAGGGUUAUGUCUAUAAUACACCAGAGGGGCUUAACAAAGUUAAAGCUGCCCUAAGCCCCGACUUUGCUGUUAGUUUUGCAGCAUGGCAGGACACCACAAUGGACUUUGUUGAAAAUCUUAUAAAAUCAUUUGUAAAUCUAGACAAUUUGGUGCAAUCACAGAAGAAUGUGUACCAGAAAUCGGAAAGCAAUGGCACACGUACGGCGCCUAGUACCACACCAAUAAAAUUGCUACAGCCAGUCAAUUCACUAAUUGACGAUUCUUUUGAUUUUCUAAAUGCGUCUACUGAAAAAUCACAACAGAAUGCGCUCAAUAAAAAUUACCUUUACACGAUGGUUGAAGACUCCGAGGGUAGUCAACGUCAGGCUACUGUAAAUGGUACCUACUUUAAGACGGGCACAUAUAAUCCCAUCAAAAAAGAUGUCUUGUUUGUGGACCAAGCGUAUAGCGCAACGACAAGUGCGACAACUACAGCCGCCACUAGUACGGCAACACAACAGUUGCUCGCCACCAGCAGUUCCCUAGAACAGUAUUUUGAUGAGCAAAUUUCAGAAUUUUGGCCACCAGCUGCUGAUGUGGACAGAUCGCCUGCUGCAGAGUAUUUAAAGAUAAAAGAAAAAGUACCACCCAAUUGGUUAAGUUACGAUAUACGCGUGCUGGAGCAGAAUUUGUCGGAAUUUUCAAAUGAUUAUGAUCCUACCGCACCACCGCGUCCACUCGGUAAAGAUCUCAUCGAUAAAUUAAAUGUAAUGAUUGAACGUCUGAUGGCUAUGAAGAAUGCAGAUUUGUUCUUUAAAUCGCAAUUCACCAAAAACUAUUUUCCGGAAUUUAUUUUAAAGCACAAACAUGAUUUCAUGGAUGUGCGCUCAAUAAUAUUCAAGUGCCAAGUAGGCGGUUAUCAGCAUAUCUUCGAAGUUGUGCAUGACGUGAAAAAAAUUGUACACACUGGCAAGGAGUAUUUAAAGCUUAAUGUCGACAGUAAAUUGCAGAAAUCCAUAAGCGCCUUCGAAUGCGAGUUUAAUAAGUUACUCAGUGAACCACCAUUUGAGAAUUAUCAAUUCGAGCACAUUACCGGUGAACCGAAGGAGAUGCUCUACAAUUGCCGCAAUAAAUAAAGUAUCAAAAUUUCCAUGCACGCAUUACAUAAAUUACAUUUUGAAUUCGCUAAAUUGCAAUGUGGCGUUCGAAACCAGAGGAUUGAAGUUCUGGCAUACGACAAGGAAUAGCUGGCGCUUAGUGUUUGCCUAUUUGGUUAUUUGUAUGCAUGGUUUUAGAGCGACUAUUUUCGGUUAGUUUAUGUAUGCUUAGUGCUUAGUUUAGAGAAGAGUGGCCUUUUAUAACCUUAUGUGAGUGCCAGUUAGCAUGGCUAGUAUUUGCUUCGUUUUAUUAUUUUUUGAUCAAAUGCGCGCUUCCAAACCGUUUGCCGUAAACGUUUUGCAAAAUACCUAAAUCAAAUUAAAUAUUACUUAAAACAGACCGCCUAUUGUUCCCUUAGACUAAUGAUGGCGGUUUGUAGACAGAAGCACGCAUGCAGCAAAAUGUUGUUUUUUUUUUUGUAAGUUUUAGGCAACUUUAACUUUGCCCAAUUUACUUUUGUAUGUAUUAUACAAUUGUGCCUGUGAGUGUUUGCUAUGUAUGUGUAUGCGCGUGCAUAUUCAUAUUGCCGUUUCACAUUAUUUAAACUAUAAAUUAAGAUUAUUUUUGUGUGUAAAAUUAUAAAGGAGUAUAGUAAUGUCGAUUUAUUAUCUAUAUACAAUGUAUUUUAAGUACUUAAAUUGCAAAAAGCUGGAUUUGAAAAGUUUGCAAAGAUAAAACCAAAAGCGAUAGCAACAAAUGUCUCUAACACUGCUGAUUAUUUUUAAUUUUAAGUUGAUCUCAUUUAAAUUUUAAAAUGAAAUUAUACAAAAUUUAAGCGUUGUAGGCCUAUCAAAAUCUUAGUUGUUACGUUGAAAUAUGCUUGAAAAACUACGUGUUUUAAAUUUGAUUUCAAAUAUUUUUAUAUCAAACAACAUCUUUCGUCAAUAGAUGGCAAGUAAAUUACAAGUAUUUAAGUGCGUUCUAGUUUUUAAUAAAAAAAAUUUAGUAUUUCCAAUCGAAGCGAAUGAAUUGAACAAAUUUUCGAAACAAUUGACUAAGCAAUUUAUUUGCAUUAUAAAUAUAUUCAUACAAGCUUAGUAUAUAAAUACAUGUAAAUAAAUAAAUGUUGUGUUUGUAAAACAGUGUGGGAAUGCCAUGAAAUUAAUGUAACCGCAUUUUAAACCUAUACAUAUAUAAUAAAUACAUUACCACAUUUCUUAAUUGAGA